AAUUUACAAGCAAAAAUAAAACGAAGCGUGCUAGUGUGAAAAUAUUGUGAAAUUGCGUAGCAACUGGAUUUUAUUUAUUAAAUCAUCGAAAUGGGUCGCCGUUGCUGUGUGGCCAACUGUCCGUCGACGUCGCGUUUGUUGGAACACCACGGCGUCACUUAUCACUCAUUCCCGCAAGAUCCCGUCAUCCGAGCCAUUUGGAUAAAGAACUCUCGUAUUGGUCUAGACAAACAUAUAACGAAGAGUGUUUUGGUCUGUUCGCGGCACUUUCGGCGCUUAGAUUUCAAUACGAUCAGGAAUGGAAAGUACUUGCUUAAGGCUCGUGUCUUUCCCACUGUCUUCCCUUGGGGUAAGAUGGAGCCGUCAGAAAUCGAGUCUGACCACCGGGCACUGCAGCAGGCAAACGUAGAUGGCAGCACUGGCGCAACAGGAGCAAGCAGUUCGGCAAGCGAGGACGUCAUUAAAGACUCAGUGGAAACUAUUGUGGCAAAAAUAAUGGCAGAGACGGCAGAGAGAAAUGCUGCAUUAGCUGCAACCGAUGUCAAGUCUAAAGAGGAGGUCGACAAAGAUAAGGAGCUGAAGAGUCAACAGGACACAAAAGAGAAACUUGAGGUCGAAUCGCCCGGAACUUCUGGCGUCGAUGCGACAACAAUUGCCGACACUGGCUCUCCAGUGCCAUCCACUCCCUCCUCGCCGCCAAAAUACAGCAAUCCCACAAAUCUUACCAUAGGAGCCCGUCUGGAGGCCCAAUCAGUGGAUGGCGCUUGGCUACCUGCUCGCAUCGUAGAGGUCAAUGAGACGGAACAAACGCUACUCGUGCGGUUCGAUAAGAAUAGCAAGCUAAAGGGGACUCCUUCAUCCAGUGGCAGUUUCCAAGAAUGGUUAACCAUCAAGUCGGAUCGCCUUAGGCAACGUUUACAGCGUGUGCUCCCACUGUUUGCUUUGGAAGAGAAAUGCAUGGCCCGUUGGUCGGGACCCAGGAAAUUCCCCGGAACCAUUAAAAAGCUUCUUGGCAAUGAUACCUAUGAGGUCCUCUUCGACGAUGGCUACGUGAAGAAUGUACGAGCCGUUCAUAUGAACAAAUUGCCACGACAAUUGGGUGCAGUUGAAGUCACACCCACGAUCUCCAGGAUCCCAAGUCCUGUUUUGAGUACAACACAAUUGCCAGUAAAAAGGUCGAGUACUGCAGGAACAGCAAGUGUCAGUUCCACUGCAGUUGCUUCUAGUUCAAUUGCUCCCCCAAGCAGUAAAAAAAGUAAAUCAACACCACAACGGAAGGAUUGGCCAUUGCUGGAUAUGGCCAAUUUAGAUAUUGCUUCUUUGUGUUUGCCAGAGAUACCAAAGGAUGGCGAAUGGACCUGCCAUUGGGUGAACGAUCAACCGAUUGGGUCCGAAGGUUUUCUUAUUGUGGGCGAACAUCAGAAACCCACGGUUAUUGUACAGGAUUGGCGCUUGCCUCCGGGCUGGGUGAAGCACAUGUAUCAGCGUUCGAAUGUCCUUGGAAAAUGGGAUGUUAUUUUAGUUUCGCCUAGUGGCAAACGUUUUCGCUCCAAAUCGGACUUGAAGGUAUUCCUGGAAUCCCAAGAUUUGGUCUACAAUCCCGAUGUCUAUGACUUUAGCAUUCAUCGUCGCCGCGCCAAAGAUAUCAAUGCGUAUGUGUAUACCCAUGAUUACACUCCACAGCAGCCCUUGAAGACGAAAUCCACACCAAUGGAUGUCUCUCUUGACACAUCGAGAAAGUCAAACGUUUCAGCCACUUUGCCGUCGACGCCAGCCACGCCCAUAAGCUCGACAAGAAGCAGUCAAUAUAUGGAAACGCCAGUGGCAACAUUGAUGCCACCGGCUGAACUGAUGUCACCCCAAGCCCAGACCAGUGAGGAAAAGGCAUUGGCGGAUGGCUCGGUGUCUGCGGAUCUGGGAGAACUGGGAUCGGCCGCCGUGGAGAAUGGCUUUGCAUAUAUUGGUGGCUUGAAGGUCCAGAUAAUGGAUAAUCUAUUUGUCUGCCCUCGUGAGGGCUGUGGCAAAACCUAUCGCAAGGAGGAUUUCCUUCAGAUACAUAUACGUCAUUACCACAAAGAGUUUGCCGAAUAUGUAAGCCAUUGUCCCAAGAUGCAGGAGCUGGCUGUGAAGCGUACUCAUGCCUCAUCGAUUGAUCAAGUGGAUCAGGUUGCACCCAAGAAUCAAAUACCAAAUCAACAAUUCUUUGCCAAAAUGCAUCAACAGGAUGUCCAACUUUCAAGAUCAUUGAAACGUCCGUCCGGCGUACCAUCGAUUGCUGGUGCGGGCGAAGGUGUGGCAAGUUCAAUCGGUACUACAUCUCCUGCAACAGGAUCAGUGGGAAUAGCCUCUAGCAUUUCACCCAUUAAAUCGGUGGAAGAACCGAUAGAAAAAAAGCCGCUUGUCGACUUGGUUGCAAGUCCAAAUGCUGGCAAUACAUUGUUGCCACCGUCGGAGGCAAACAGCUCGCCGCUUAACCGCAACUCGGCCAAAAGGGCUCGCCUGUCACCUCCCAAACGUACCUCGGGUUCUAGGAAGAGCAUUCGUCAGCGUUCCAUGCGUCCUUCUGUGGCCGAGCGGGAUCCCGAGGAGACAGGCCAAUCGACACCAGAUGCUGGCAAAAAACGACGUGUCCCAACUACUCCAAUAAGUUCAAUAGAUUCGCCAGCUACAGCGGAUUCGAUAUCGACUCCCUCAUCGAAUGAUCACGAUAUUAAUGCGGCUUUGCCACCUCCGAUGGAGCAGACCCCUCAAUAUAUCAAAGAGAAUGGCGAACUCAUUCGCAUUGUGCGCAUGCGGCAAGAGGAGAUUAUCAAUUGCAUAUGUGAAUAUGGCGAGGAGGAUGGCUUAAUGAUCCAAUGUGAACUCUGCUUGUGCUGGCAGCAUGGAGCCUGCAAUGGCAUCAACAAGGAGUUGGAUGUCCCUGAGAAAUAUGUCUGUUACAUUUGCCGUAAUCCCCAGCGGAGACGUGAUUCGAUGCGAUUCAAACAUGACCAGGAUUGGCUAUACGAGGGCAAACUUCCAGUGGCCUCCUAUCACACAGCCAAUCCUCAGACGGCCAAGCAAUUCGACUUGCUUAAACGGUCGCACACUCUAACCGGCAAUCUCCUGGAUGCCAAGCGUUCGAUGCAUUCAUUAAUGGUCAAAAUUAAUAUUGCACGUAAUCGUUGUCAUCCCAAAUUGUAUCUGUGGGCCAAGAAAUGGGAUGAAGAUAAAUUGGGAGGCGAGGGCACUACACCAGUCAAGCGCCCCAAACUGGAGCAGCAAACGGAUUUCCCAAAUAUACCACAACCAGAAGCUGCCAUCGAUCCUGAAGAGUGUCAAUAUCGUUUGAUUGAUCAUGUAAAAGUGCAACAGCAAUUGGUCAUGAAUCGUCUGAACGAAAUUCAAACGGAAAUGGAUGAAUUGGAAAAAGAGGAUACUCUGACGGACUUGAAAGAUUGCGACAUGGCCACUACCAAAGAAGCUGUGGCCGUAUUUAUUAAGGAACUGGAAACACUCAAGCGUCUGGCUAAUCUCAAUAAGGUGGCCAAUAUGAAGCAGGCUCUUAAAGAUUCUGCUAUAAUUGCCAAUACAGCAAAUCCACCUCCAACCAUAUAAAUGAAUGUUUUCAUAACAAGGUUUUUUCCGAUUUUGUUGUUCACAUCGUUAAUUUAAUACUUCUUAUUCCUGCUUAUAAGUAUAAUUAAAAGAGUUCUUUUUUUGAAA